CGGAGCUGCUGCUGCUCUAUCUGGCGCAGGACAGCAUUGGUUCGCAGUUAUCUCUUCACGACACAAUCCGCAAUUCAGCUUCUCAACCAGUUCUGUCAUUACCAGCCCUUCAUCGGAGGACAAAUAAUGGUCUAAUAGAGAGAUCAGCAUUUCCCGUCCUGUACCACACCCUUCUCCUUCGCAAUGACCACCAAAUAUCUCGCCGUCUCCGUCCCCUCAUCCAUCACCCCCUCUGGUCAUAAAGACGAUGCAUUUGCUUCUCUCCAGAAGGCUGUCAACCCCGCGAAUGGAGACGUCUUGGGCUUCAACCUUCCAGAUUUCAAAGUGGGCACUCUAGAUGCUUUAUUACAACAGACAGAGGAGCUAGCUAAGCUUGAGGGCUUGUGCAAUGCCGUGGUCGGCAAGGUGGGCGAUACUCUAAAGAACAUCCUCGAUGGAGAUGAGGACAAGAUGGCCCAGCAUAAGAGCGUGAAUGACAAACCUCUCGACCAAUAUCUCAAGUCGUUCUCAUGGAACAAAGUCAAGUAUCGAGCAGACAGGCCUAUCUCAGAACUGAUCGACUUGCUACAAAAGGAAGCCAACUCAAUCGAUAAUGAUGUCCGGUCCAAAUACAACCAAUAUAACAAUCUUCGCACUACCCUACAGACCUUGUACCGCAAGCAAACAGGCAACCUCUCAACCAAAUCUCUCGUUUCCAUAGUCAAUCCUGACGUCCUCGUUUCCGAUUCGGAACACCUCGAAACCCACUUGAUUGCUGUCCCCAACAAUUAUGUCAAAGAUUUCCUCAAAACGUACGAAACCCUCGCCCCUUUCGUUGUCCCGAGAUCGGCAUAUUUCAUUUCAUCCGACGACGAGUUCUCUCUCUAUGCAGUAACCACCUUCAAAAAACAUUCGCCAGAAUUUGUCCACAAAGUCCGAGAGAAGAAAUGGAUUCCCCGCGAUUACAAAUUCAAGGCUGGCGGAAAGGAGGAGGAGGCCAAAGAGCUGAAAAGGAUUGAAGCCGAGGAGAAGAAGGUCUGGGGCGAGACCUUGCGCUUGGGUCGGACAGGCUGGUCCGAGGGUGUCAUGGCUCUCGUUCAUGUCGUGGUGCUCAGAGUGUUUGUCGAGACCGUCCUGAGAUACGGGCUUCCUCUUGACUAUGUCAGUGUGCUCAUCAAGACUGAUAGCAAACGCGAAAAGAAAGCACUCCAAGGCCUGGAUUCCGAGUACUCAUAUCUUGCUGGUAAUGCCUUUGGAAAGGACAAGAAAGGUCGGCCCAAGAAGGACGAGGGAUCUGGUGGCGGUGACGCAGUUGGUGCCGCUGCAGAGCAAGCCGACUAUAGCCCUUACGUACUAUACUCGAUCGACGUCAACUGAGCCUGUUUAUUGCGCUAAGGCUCGUGUGAGGUGUCCUGGGGAUUUUGGCGGCGUAUGAUGAUCCGGCCGAUAGAGGCCUGGACGAUUUUGAGCAACAGAGAUAGACAUUUUCAGCAGGCGAACCCGGCCGAGUUGCAAUUCCUGUCCUAACAUGGACGGCCAGCGGUACAACUCGAUCAAUAGAAGCCACAGGCCCUGCAUGACAGAAUUCCGUGAAUCUAGCGUUUCCGCUUG